UUGUGAAGUAAACGUUGAACACAAGCAGGGCUCAUGUCAGCCAGAGGAGCGCAUGGAUCUGCUGCCUUUACGCACCACUGCCGCCGUGCUCUUGGAUGCUGCACAGUCUGAGGCGGGGAGAUAGAAGCAUCCCGCAAAUCGAGAACCGCGUUAUUUACCAGUAUUACCAGGAGACGCCCACCGGAACCAAGCAGACUGAAGUUAAAGAAUCGUGGGCUUAAGUGUACUUAAGUGUACCGUGCCGGUGAGGACUGCGUUGCUGGCGAUGGAGCGGUGGAUAGGCAGAGUGGCCCUGGUGACCGGAGCCUCUGUGGGCAUUGGAGCGGCUGUGGCCCGGGCGCUGGUCCAGCAAGGCAUGAGGGUGGUGGGCUGUGCCAGGAAUGUCGACAAAAUCGAGAAGCUGGCUGCCGAGUGUCAGAGCGCGGGCUACAGCGGCACACUGAUUCCUUACAAGUGCGACCUGUCCAACGAGGAGGAGAUCCUCUCCAUGUUUUCGGCCAUCAAGACGCUCCACAAGGGCGUGGACGUGUGCAUCAACAAUGCUGGACUAGCCCACAACGAGCCCCUGCUCAGCGGGAAAACAGAAGGCUGGAGGAAUAUGAUCGAUGUGAAUGUUCUGGCCUUGUCUAUCUGCACCCGGGAGGCUUACAAAUCAAUGAAGGAGAGGAACGUGGAUGAUGGGCACAUCAUCAAUAUUAACAGUAUGGGCGGGCAUCGAAUGGUGACAAGUGCUGACAAGCAUUUCUACUGUGCCACCAAAUAUGCGGUGACCGCUCUGACUGAGGGAAUACGCCAAGAACUACGGGAAGCAAACACCCACAUCAGAGCCACCUGUAUAUCUCCCGGGAUUGUUGAGACUGAGUUUGCCUUCCGUCACCACAACAACGAUCCAGAGAAAGCAGCUGCGGUGUACGAGAGCAUGAAAUGCUUGAAAGCAGAAGACAUCGCCGGUGCGGUCACUUUUGUCCUCGGUGCCCCUCCUCAUGUCCAGAUUGGAGAUGUUCAGAUGAGGCCAGUGGAGCAGGUGUCAUAGCAGGCAGACGGCAAGGGAAAGCUGCAGGAGGAGCCCGCCCCAAAAGUCAGCGGCCACGGCGUCUCAUUAGCGACCUCUGCUGGGCGCGGGAGGGAAGGGGGGGCGGGGUUAAUACAUCUACUUACGGCGGUUGCAUGUGGAAAGGGAGGCGAGGAGUCGAGGAGGACCGGAGGUGGCGACGUGAAGGUCGUGGACUUUGUAGAGCAGAGAGAAAAUACUACUGAAUGCAGCCACCAGUUUGUUCAUCUCAGCCGCACACUGAGACCACUCCCACUCCCGGCGUACGGCAGAAGCGCCGCAUCAGGCGGUCCUGCCAUCGAUACGACCUCAGCGGCAGAGGGAGGAGUAUCCUGUUGACUGCACAGUUUCUUUAUUUAAUUUUGUAUUUGUAGGUUCUCUUACAUAUCUCUUUUUGGAACUCAAUGCAUUUCUUGUUGGUAGUCAAUGAUUUGUUUCUAUUAUUCUAAUCAUUUUACCUCCUGAUUAUCGACAGACCUGCUGUCAUAAACAAUAACCAUUCACCAGGGGUGUCCAAACCUUUCCCACCCAGGGUGGCAUGCAGGGAGGGGCCACUUUACACAUGCCUUACGAGGUCAGUAGGUCAUAUAUUCUUUUCUUUACUUACACCACUUAUAUCUCCAGAUCAACUUCUGUCUGUCAAUAAAACGUUUUUAUGACUUCAUUUUAUGUUUUAUUGCCCUUUUUGUCAAAAAAAACAUUUUUUUAAAUCGCAAAAACACAAAAUAUGCAGGAUUUUCCCAAAAUGAGUUUCCAAGUAGGAUAUUUGAUAAGACGUAGUUGGAGCCUUGCAUUGGUCAAUAAUUCAUAACAUCAGUUUUGAUGCGUUACUUUUCCCAAAAGGUUCCCCGCUCAAUAAAGUUACAAUUUACGACGGAGUUUUAGGGCCACAUUGAGAAGAAAAAAAGAACUGAGAAUGAAGUCGUACAUUUCCGAGAAUAGUCUUGAAUUUACAAGAAAAACUUGUAAUAUUACAAGAUUAAAGUUGUCAUUUAAAAAAAAAAAAAAGAAAGAAAAAAGUAGUGAAUUUACAAGAAUAAUGUCGUAAAUGUGCGAGAAUAAGGCUGUAAAUGUACAGCGGAAAAGUUGUGAAUUUACGAGAAUAAAAGUUGUCAUAUUAUGCAAACAAAGUCGUACAUUUACGAGAAAAAAGUUACGAGAAUAAAGUCGUAAAUUUACGAGAAAAAAGUUGUUCCGGGAAUAAAGUUGUAAUAUUACGAGAUUAGUUAUUUACAAGAAAAAACUUGUAAUAUUACAAGAUUAAAGUUGUAAUUUAGGAGAAAAAAAGUAGUGGAUUUACAAGAAUAAAGUCGUAAAUUUACGAGAAAAAAGUUACGAGAAUAAAGUUGUAAAUUUACGAGAAAAAACCCGUAAUAUUACGAGAUUAAAGUCGGAAUUUUAUGAGAAAAAAAGUUGUGAAUUUACGAGAAUAAAGUCAUAAAUUUACAAGAAAAAACUCGUAACAUGACGAGAUUAGUCAGAAUUUUACGAGAAUACAGUCGUAAAUUUACGAGAAAAAACUUUAUAUUAUGAGAAUAAAGUCGUAAAUUUACAAGAAAAAAAUUGUACCGUCACUGUAUGUUCCAGGCAUUGCCUGAGACAGCUAUGAAAAGGGGGGACCUAUGUGAACUUUGGCCUUGGGCAUGGAGUGGGCGGGGCAAGGAAGGCGUAAGUGAGAAGGGCUAGCUAGCCAUGCUAAUCUGUUUGUGCUCAACUGCUCUGUUUUGCUGCCACGUUAUAAAUAAAAGCUUGCCUGCAAGCAAGAUGAAAGUUUCCUUCCUUCCUGAAGAGCUAUGCUCUAUUUUCCCUCUGACACGUAUGACACCUAAUAUUCCCACUUUAUCCUCGUAAAUGUACGACUUUAUUCUGGCAAAUUUAUGACUUUUUAUUUACGUAAAUGUACGACUUUAUUCUAGCAAAUUUAUGACUUUUUAUUUAUGUAAAUUUACGACUUUAUUCUUGUAAAUUAGAGUUUUUAUUCACGUAAAUCUACAACUUUAUUUUCGAAUGCUCAGAUUUUUUUUUUGUCAACGUGUCCUCAAUACUGCAUCGUAAUAAUGAAGUCAUAUCUUCAGAUUUGUUAUUUUUUACUUACACCACGUACAGUACAUCUCAACAUCAACUUCAGAUCUGUCUGUCAAAUAUAAAGUUUUUAUUACUUCUUUAUGUUUUAUUGCCCUUUUUGUCCAAAAAAACAUUGUUUUUUAAUUGCAAUGCUAUAUUUUCCAAAAAUGAGUUUCAAAGCAGAAUAUUUGAUGUGAGGUAAUUAGAUCCUUGCGUACGUCAAUAAUUCAUAACAACACUGAUUUUGAUGCAUUAUUAUCUUGUUGAAUUCCCCCCCACCCCAGGGACCCAAAAAGAACCCACUCAU